AGUCCCUGCGGAGCGGCGGCGGCAGCGGAGCCCGGCGGGGCGGCGGCGGAGCUCGGAGGCGGCUCCGGCCCAGGGUGUAAAGCUGUUCCCGAGGCGAUCUCCGAGAGGCUUUGUCAGCACUCCUGAUGCGUUUGGAGCAACGUGCUGUUUUCUCCUGGCAGAGAGGUGAUGGCUGUGAGCUGUAGGAGAUUGAAUUCUGCUCCAUCCCUGGAGUUGUGAAGGAUCCCCUACAUCCCCAGGAGGACCCAGCAGCCGGGGUUCCACACUUGCCUGGGGCACAAGAUGGCUACUUGGCAUAAGCAGGGGGAUGCCACUUGUGAGUGUGCAGUGAGUGAAGAUGUGGAGAAUGGAUUCUGCAGCAGUGCUGGGAGUGUGAGGGAGCCCCUGGGUCCCCAGGGCACAUCAGCAACCGGCAAUGAACACAAAAGGAUCCUUAGAAGAUUCCCGGGUGAAUGGUUCAGCUCCCAUCCUGUGCUCACGGCGGUGCUGAUUCUGCUGCUCCUGGUGCUGGUGCUGGCUUUGGGGGUGGCCUUGGCUGUGCAGUCAGCACCACAGGUUCCAGUCACACCUGCGACUCCGCAGUUGGUUCUGGGCUGUCCCCACGACUGGGUUGGGUCCAAUGGGGUCUGCUACUACUUGUCAAGGGAUUACAGGAGCUGGGAGCAGGCUCAGGAACGGUGCUCCGAGCUCGGGGCCUCCCUGGCCAUUCUCAAGGAUGAGGCCAUGGAUUUGCUCUUCCGCCUCCGCGGGAACGUGGAUUACUGGAUCGGGCUGCGCAGACGGGGCGAGCGCCUGCACUGGGGGGACGGCAGCAGCUACAGCUCCAGGUGAGUGCCGGGGAGCCGGGCAGGGCCUGGGGGGACAGGGGCACAAGUGUUCCCCUGGUGUCUUGGCUGGAAAAGCCUGGUGUUUUGCUAAGGAAUGCAGGAGCCUUCUCUGAAAUGGAAAAUGUAAACCUCCUCCCUAUGAAUUAUUAUAAUUUUUAAAUUUUGGGCCUCUCAGGCAAAGAAAUGGGAAUAGGAAUUACAGUUCUUUAGUAGGAAAAUGAAAAAUACAAAUGUAGUAGUACAAACAAACAAAAAAACUUCUGACAGGAUCAGAAUACGACUUGACACCCUGUGGGUCAGGGUGCUGGCAGCAGUCCCAUUCCUGGGUGGCUGCAGCCCUCCUGCAGCACAAGCUCUGGUUCUGCUGCAGUAGGGAUCCUGGAGAAGAGUGGAGUUUUCCUCUGAAGGUUCAGGGGUGGUGUAGAUGGGCCUUGUCUUCCUUUGGGAAUUCAGUGAAGAAGAAAGCUGCUCCUCUGGGAAUGCAGUGGGAAGAAAGCUGCUCCUCUGGGAAUGCAGUGGACAAAGGCUGCUGUGCUGUUCCCAGGUCAGAUUAUAUCCAGGCAGGAGUGCUUGGCUUCUCCCUCUGAGUGGAGCAACUCCCCAUGGGAUGAUGGAAUUUUAUCAGCCAUACAGGGACACUCACUUCCCGUGAACAGAAGAGAUCUCCUGGAGGGGGAUUGGUUGUGGAAGAGAUAAAGAAAAACUACCCAAUGAACAGAAGAGAACUGCCUCACCUCUAAGAGAUGGGAAUAGAAUACCCCUAUUUCCAACCUAAGAUACCUGGGAACCAGCGCUGUCUCUGCUCCUCCCUGCAGCUUUCCUGUCUUUGGCAGUUCCCAGUGUGUGUACCUGGCUGAGAACAGAUUCAGGAGUGAGAACUGCUCAAACGAGCGGCCGUAUGUCUGCAGCAAGGCCCAAGCUGCCCUGUGACAGGGCUGCAGAAAGGACCUUGUCCACGCUGGGCAGUGCCAGCUCCAGCUGUGAGCCCAGCACAGCGCUGUCCUUCCUCAGCUGCACCCUGUGCCUUGCACUGACUCUCAGGGUCACCUCAGUGCCUGUUCAUCCCCAGUGCCAGCGCUGGGCUGGGUGCUCAGGGGAAAAGUCUCUGCUGUACAUCCUGCCACUGGUGCUGCCUGCAGUGAGUGGAUUGUCCUCAUUAUUUGUGAGAAACACGGUUCUCUAUUAAAAAUUUUUAUAUUUCUUUAUUAAGGGAUAAAAGGGAUAAAAUCCCACUUUGGUAUGAUUGGUUAUUUGAACAGAGUGAACUUAAAUUAUAUUCUCUUUAGACACUAUAGAGUGUCUUCCUGCCAUCUUGUCUAUUAAACUAAGAUUUUUUUUU